AUGGACUUCAUAUUGAAGCCAGUUAUUUCAUGUGCUGGUGAUGAAAAUCUUCUGCCUUAUUUCGAAAGUCGCUGUUUAUCGACUCUGGGGAGUCAGCAGGUGGUAUGGAAGCAUCCAAAACUGUCAAUGGUUCAUUCUGUACGAUUAGGAGCAUGUUUUACAAGAUUUCGUGUCAGCCAGUUACAGUCUAACGUCAAAGUCUUAUCAAGUGGAAGGCCUAUUCGACCUGUCGGUACAUUUCAACCAUUACUUUAUAUUUAUGUGACUUCAAAUGAUGUUUCUCAUUAUACCUCACAUGGUGGACGGAAUGCUAUCGGUAGUUGGUUAGGCCAUUUACGUGCCAGAAAUGUAUUUGACUGGCUAAUUAUAAUGGUUAAUUCUGAUCCACAGUAUAACACACCAAAAAUUCUACAAAAAUCAAAUGUACUUGACAAAAUUAAAAGUGAUUUUAAUGUUCGUACAGGGGACCGACAAUUUUUAGAAGUACCGGCACCUAAUUCAGCUGAAGAAAAACUAUUCAAUGAAUCAUGGAAUCAGUUAAGUUAUCUUGUUCGUAAAUCUAUCAUAUCGGCUUGUAUGUCAAUUAUUGCUGAUUAUGAUAUACAUUUACAAAUGCUUACGGAUUCAUGUUCAACCUUUACAUGGGAUUAUUUUGAGUAUUUAGAUAGAAAGGAAGAAUUAGCUCAUAUGUAUUUGUUUCUUGGUGGACAUGAACAUGCUUUACACGAGUAUCGUGAAGCAACUGAAUUACUUUCUAAAUGUAUUCAACUGUCAACACAACAAGGAUCUAAACGCCCUCAAUGGUUAGAUCGAUUAACACAACUAUCAUCAUCGGAUGAAGUAUCAUAUUAUGUGUGUGAUUAUUCUUUGGAUGUGACUAAUACAGAAAUAAAACAGUCUAGUCGUUUAAAAAAUCGUAACGCUACAUUAUUCGAAUUGAAAAAUUACCUUUUAUCCAAACAAGCAUCAAUAUUAUGUAUAUGUGAUCGAUUAAACGAAUUUCCUGCUCUCGCUUAUCAUACCAUUUGUUCUACAUUAACUGAAAUAAACAUAUUAGAUAUUCAAACGGAUCAUUUAUUUCGCGCUGUUUGGAUUUUGUGUAUUUGUUUAAAUACACUGACAAAUAUCCGACUAGAUUCAGAUCGUUCAAUGGAUGAUGUUAAUAAAUCAAUUAUUGAAUUAUUGGAUACAGCUUUUUCAUGCAAUAAUAUUUUAGAGAAUAUUAAUUUUACCCGCCUUUCAAAGUUAUCAUUUAAUAGGUCGUUGUCAUCACCAUCAUCAUCAUUAUCAUCAUCUACUCAUUCAUCAUCUUCAACACCUACCAUAACAACACAAAGUGUAUUUAUUGAUGCUAACAAAGAUUCCAAUGUUACUAUAUGGUAUAUGAGUCAUUUAGUUGAUAAAAUUUUCACACAUUUUCGUUGUUAUGAAUAUCCAUUAUUACGUAAUACUUCUCAUUUAUCACCUAUCAAUAAUGUUACUAAUCCAACAGAAAAUUCAUCAAUAAUGCAUAAAUUUUCAUCAAAUAAAAUCAAUAACGAAAAAGAUAUUUUUUGUUCAGAAAAUUAUUCUAUUGAAUUAUGGUUAAUUGUAUUUAAUUAUAUAAAACAAAUUGGACAAUUGAUUGGUUUAUGGUGUAUCAAAUCGAAUUUAUCGAUUCAUCGUGAAAAAUAUUCAUUAUUAAAUAAAAUAAUUACUGAUAAUUUAAUCAAUGAACAAUCAUUAAUUAAAGAUUCUUCUAUUCAACAACAAAAUAAUAUUGGAAAUCAAUUAGAAUUAGAAAUAGAUCAAAUAAAUAUAGAACAAAUACAAUUAGAUCAUUCUAUAUUAUUUGCUCAUAAUCAUUUAAUUUCAUUAUUUACUUCAUCAAUAAUAUAUUCACAAAUUUUUACAUCAAUUGGACAAACAUUAAUUGGUUUUUUAAAAUUAAUACAUUGUCCUAAACGUGCAUAUGAAAUUGUAUAUGAUUUGGCUGAUUUCUUAUUUUCACAAGGAGCUCAUGAAUCAGCUUCAUGGUUAUAUGAGUCACUAAUAAAUCAUUAUGAUGAAUCUUCGUGGAUUGGUUUAGUAACAAGUACACGUAUAUGCUUGGCAUGGUGCUUCCAUUCCUUAUGUGUCAAGAAGCAUUUCGAAACUAAAGAUGAUUAUGAAAUUGCUCGAAAAUACAUUCAAACCUGUUUCAUCUUAGCCGGUACAAAACACACUGUUUUACGUACAGCUGCUAUUCAUGUCUAUAAUAAAAUUCAAUUUUGGUAUCAAACAAUAAAGUUUACACAAAUUUUAUCAAUACCAUCAUUUAAUGAUUCAAUUAAUCCAAAUUAUUGGUGGAAAGAAGCUAUUGAAUUUCGUAAUUCAUUAUUAGCAUAUCAUCAAUGUAUUGUUUUGGAUCCUUAUCAAAUGUCACCAUUAUUUCGUUUAAAAUCUGUUGAAUUGGAAGGUGUUUGUAAUUGUGGUUAUCAAAUGAUUUUUAUUCAAUUAAAGUCUAAUUCAGACAGAACAUUUAAAGCAUCAGUACACAUUAGUGGAUCAGAACCUUCGUACAUUGACUGGCAAACAUUGUUGAAUCCAAAUGAAUUUCUACCUUAUCAUGUAAUGGAUAAAACCAAUCAAUUAUUGAUACCACAGUUAGAUAGUCAACUACAUUUGAUCAAUUUGACUACUGCUCCUAGUAUCUCUGUUGUCAAAAGUUUAGCAGGUAGUAAUGUGAAUAACCCGAUAAUUAUUGGUAGUGAUAAUAAUAAUAAUCGUAAUAAUAGUAAUAAUAUUAGCACUGGCAGUCAUAUCUUACGUGGUCAAUUCUCUAUUUCAUCUGAAAAAAAUUCAAGACAAUACAAUAAGUAUCAUUUACCAACAACCAAAAUGACUGUCUCGACUCGUCGAAGUUAUUCCAGUAUACCAGAUAGUUCUAAAGAAUAUCUGAAUAAAAAUUUAGCACUUAAAGGAAAUCAAUUAAGAAUUAGUAAAAUGAAUAGUCAGUCACGUUUAGGUUCAUUGUUGAACGUUGCUGCAUCAUUGGCCACUAGACCAGCAUGGAAAUCUCAAGAUACUAUAGGCGUUAUGAGUGAUGAGCAUAAUAAUACUCCUAUUUCUACCCCACAUAUAAUACAGAACGGCAGAAUUACACGGAUUCCUUCUGAUGGUUUAAUCGAACCAAAUAUUCAUAGUUCAGCACAAAUUUUAAGACAAUAUUCACUCUGUUCAACAAAAAAACAAUCACGUUUAUCAUUCAGUAUUAAUGGUAAACAUGAUAUGUUUGGAAAUGAAAAUAGGGAAUCAUCUACUCCUGUUUCAACUAAAAAUCUACUUUUUAUUUUAAAUCAUGAAGAUUCUUUUGUAAUGAUAAAACCUGGGUUAAAUAAAUUGUCAUUUAUAGCUAAUGCACCAGGAUUUUUAAUUCCUGAGAAAAUAUUCAUUAGUUGUCUUGAUGAAAUCAAUAUCGAAUUAAAAGAAUCAUUAAGAGAACAAGAAUCCGUGCAACCGUCAAUCAAUAAUUGUUCUGAAGUAAAUUUCGUAUCAGAUAUAGAUGGUGAUGUUUUUGGAUCUAGUUGGCGUGAUAUUGCAAUGAUGAAAGCAUUGUUACCGAAACCAGAGAUUUCAGUAUCAAAUAACUCGAGUGGUAAACGCUAUCCAGUUGUGUUCGGUACAUGUCAACCAAUUCCAGUUCAAUUAAGAUUGGGCAAACUGGGUUUAUCAGAAGACUGUAAGUUAAGCACAAGUCUAUAUCGUAUUCGUUCAAAUAAUAAAAAUUUUGUAUUCAAAACUAAAUCGGAAACAAAUUUCAUCAAAACUUAUAAUAACAUUAAUGGUAAUGAUGGAAAUGAAACAAAUUUCAAUAAUCAAUCCAGUACCACUGUUGAUAGUGGUUAUGAAAUACAUAGUCAAUAUAGUGCAAAUGAUUAUUCAUUAAUUUCUGAUUCAUUAGAAAAUCAUCAAGAUGAACAGUUGCAUAAAAAGCAUCAAACUUUAUUCAGUCAAUUUAUUUUAGAAGAUGGUCCAGUUGAUUUUAUACGAGAAUAUAAUCCAUUACCCCAUAGUUUAAAAUGUAAAAUGAAUCAUCCUAUGCCAACAUUUCCACCUGGUUGUUGUUUACAAUUAAGUAGACCAUUAUAUCUAUCGGCUACAUCUUGCAAUGAUCAAUUUGCACUUUCAAUGCCUAGUGGACAUUAUUGUAUUCUACCAGUAGAUAUUAUCAAACCGCUUGGAUUCAAUUUGAAUAUAUUCCCUUUACCUAAAACAUACGUUAUCUUCAGUCUAAACAUUACUUGUGUGGACACUGACCCAGAUUCAACUAUAACACCGGAAGCAUACUGCAGUCAAAACCUAAUUUGCAAAGACCCAAUAACAUUUGAAUUGUCUAACAUGCGGUUCUAUAUUUGUGCUUCGAAACUUUACUUAUCCAGACGUCUAGCAUUAAGUAGUUCCUUUACAAAUGGUCAGCAUCAACCUUAUAAUCGUCAAUUGAAAUCACGAAGCUAUAUCUCGGUGGAAGAUAAUCAUCAAAAUGCUGGGGAUUUUACUAAAAAUGAUGCCCUAGAAACAGGUUCCGAGGACAAACUAUACGAUACUGUCAAUGGAACCAUUGAAUCUUUAAGUGGUGACCUUCUGGACAAUAGAAUCACUAAGGCUUAUGUCACUCAUUUAACACCGUUUUCAAUACCUUGGCGUUUCAAAUCACUAGAAUAUAAUAAUUUUAUGAAAGUUUGUAAAGAAUCUAAUUGUCAACCAAUUGGACGUUUCGAAUGUACAAUGCAUCGAAUUGGCAGUGUUAAAAAGGUUAAUCAAGACAUAAGGGUGGAUUGUGUUAUUGGACAACAGAUAUGA